CUUCUACUUGCUGAGCGAAUAAAGAACAAAUGUGUGUGAAAAAAUGUCGCUUUAAAUUGGCAAUUAUCGUAGCGCAAGUUGUGUGUUAAUUGUACGCCAAUAUACCAAAAAAGAGAAAAAAAUCACAGCAUUUUGGUGCCGUCAACAAUUGAACGCAUGCAGCAAGCAAAAGGUGCGCAAGACGAAGAAGAAGAACAACAGAAGCAGCAGCAACAACAGCAGCCAGCAACAUGUCUUCCAAUACAAAUGGCAAUGGGGGGGAGUUGAAAAAAUUAUCGGAGGAAUCGCUGCUGCAACCGCCCGAGAAGGUCUUUGACAUUAUGUACAAGCUGGGCGAGGGCAGCUACGGUUCCGUCUACAAAGCACUGCACAAGGAGAGCAGCUCGAUUGUGGCAAUUAAACUGGUGCCGGUUGAGUCCGAUCUGCACGAGAUCAUCAAGGAGAUAUCGAUUAUGCAACAAUGUGAUUCACCCUAUGUGGUCCGUUAUUAUGGCUCCUAUUUCAAGCAAUAUGAUCUGUGGAUAUGCAUGGAAUACUGUGGCGCCGGCAGCGUCUCCGACAUCAUGCGUCUGCGCAAAAAGACGCUGACCGAAGAUGAAAUUGCCACAAUACUCUCAGAUACGCUCAAAGGUCUCGUCUAUUUACAUUUGCGACGCAAGAUCCAUCGUGAUAUUAAGGCUGCUAAUAUAUUGCUCAAUACCGAGGGUUAUGCCAAACUGGCGGAUUUUGGUGUCGCCGGCCAACUGACAGAUACGAUGGCCAAGAGGAACACUGUGAUUGGGACACCCUUCUGGAUGGCACCCGAGGUCAUUGAGGAGGUUGGCUACGAUUGUGUUGCGGACAUCUGGUCACUGGGCAUAACUGCCCUGGAAAUGGCGGAGGGAAAGCCACCGUAUGGCGACAUACAUCCGAUGCGUGCCAUAUUCAUGAUACCACAGAAGCCGCCGCCAUCAUUUCGGGAACCCGAUCGUUGGACCACCGAAUUCAUUGAUUUCGUUAGCAAGUGCCUGGUCAAAAAUCCGGAUGAGCGUGCCACAGCCACCGAACUGCUCGAGCAUGAGUUCAUACGCAAUGCAAAGCACCGGAGCAUACUGAAGACCAUGCUGGAGGAGACGUGUGCCAUACGAGAGCAACAGCGUGCAAAUCGUGCGGCAGGCGUUGCCAUGAGCCAGGCCAAGAGUCUUGCCACCCAGGAGUCGGGGCUAAUGCUGCAGGAAGAGGAAACCGAAUUCAAUUCGGGCACCGUGAAAACAUUCAUAGAUGAUCCCGGCACACUGGUGCCAGAGAAAUUCAAUGAAUAUCAACAGAACUCGGCGUCAGAUGCGACCAUGAUAGCCCAUCCCGAGGAGAUGGAUGAGGGCACACUGGGUCCGGGCGGCAUUCGCGGCGGCAUGGCGAAGGCAGCUGCCAAAGCGGCAGCAGCAGCAGCAGCUGGCCAAGCAGCGGGCACAGCAAUCGGUGGUGGCUCAUCUUCAUCAGCGGAUGUGGCCACUGUGGACAGUGGCACAAUGGUCGAACUGGAGUCGAAUUUGGGCACCAUGGUGAUCAAUUCGGAUUCAGAUGAUUCGACGGCGGCCAAGCGCAAUGACGAUCAGAAGCCGCGCUGUCGCUAUCGGCCACAGUUCCUCGAUCAUUUUGAGCGCAAAAAUGCUGGCGAUGGACGUGCUGACGACAAAUCGACGCCCACGCCCACAGAAUACUCGCCCGCCGCAGUCGAGCAACAACUGCAGCAGCAACAGCAACAACACCAACAACAACUGCAGCAGCAGCAGCAGCAACAACAACCGCAACAAGAGCUGCAACAUUUGGCGAGUGGAGCGCACGAUGCCAACAACUGGGAGCACAAUAUGGAAAUGCAAUUCCAGCAAAUCUCGGCCAUCAAUCAAUAUGGACUGCAGCAGCAUCAGCAGGUGCAGCAGCAACAACAGUAUCAGCAGCAGCAACAGCAGCAGCAGCAACACUUGCUCAUGGCCUAUCCGAUGAUGAACGAGCAACUGAUUGCGCUCAACAAUCAGCAGAAUUUACUGCGCAACAAUGCAACGCCCUCACAGCAACAACAAGCAGGAGGAGCUGGAGGUGGAGCUGGUGCAGCUCAGGCUCCGCCCGCAUAUCAGCAUCAACAUUUGCACACACAAUCGCAUGCGUAUGUGGAGGGAGAAUUUGAGUUCCUUAAAUUUCUCACAUUUGAUGAUCUGAAUCAGCGGCUCAGCAAUAUCGAUCACGAAAUGGAGCUGGAGAUCGAGCAGUUGAAUAAAAAAUAUAAUGCCAAACGACAACCGAUUGUCGAUGCAAUGAAUGCGAAGCGCAAACGUCAGCAGAAUAUCAACAACAAUCUGAUUAAGAUAUAAGAAAGAUAAUAAUAUAAAAAACA